AUGGUAACUGCCAACCCCCUCACUUGGGCCUCUGGAUUAGUGCUUUUCACUGCUGUUUAUGCGGCCACAAUACCCGAGCCAUCUGCCAUCACCAUUCCAAUAACAUCCCAGCAAGUCGAUAGUAAUAAGAUUCCACCUCUGGUUCGUAGAAAGAACAAAUCUACUUCAUCUGCCAGUAAUGUACCUGUCUACAAUAUGCGUACCGAGUAUAUGGCCACGGUUCAUAUCGGUACACCUGCUCAAACAUUCAAUGUUAUUCUAGAUACUGGAAGUUCAGACUUGUGGGUUCCCAGCAAGACCUGCUCCAAGGAUCUCUGUCCUUACAAUGCUUUCGAUCCCAAGCAAUCAAGCACAUACAAAGAUCUUGACCAAGCAUUUGACAUUUCGUAUGGCACUGCUUAUGCUAUUGGUGAAUAUGGCUCUGAUGUAGUUGCAUUGACAGGUGUUACUGUUACUAAUCAACAAUUUGCCAUCGUCAAUGAGACAAAGGGUCUUUACCCUAGCACUACUGGAUCUGCUACGCAACCUGAUGGUAUUCUUGGAUUGGGUUAUCCUGGUUUGACAACUGGAGGAUCUAAUUAUAAUCCCCUUCUCUUUAGCAUGGUAGAGCAAAAGCUUAUUCCUAAGCCUGUAUUCUCCUUCUCUAUGGGCGGUAAGAUGGCAAACAUUGGCUUGACCGGUGAGUUGACACUAGGCGGCGCUAAUCCCGAUAGAUAUUCUGGCGAUAUUGAAUAUGUACCUGUCAUCCCGGAAAGCCAGAACGAUCUUUAUGAAUGGUGGCAAUCCUAUGGCCAAGGCAUCACGGUUGUCAGCGGGAAUGGAACUGUUGCUGCCAACAUUCAAUUGAAACAAGGUCGUCUUACAGUAUUCGACUCUGGCACCACCUUGACUUAUGUUGACAUGUCCUUUGCAAAAAAGAUAUUGAACUCUAUUACUGGUCAAACCAGUUUCCGAGUUACUCCUAAUGCUGGUAUCUUUGUCAUGGAUUGCAAAUAUAAGAGCAGUGCAGCCCGUGUCCAGCUUGCCCUGUCUCACGGAACAAAGAAUGUGAUUGAUAAAUCGCCCUUGAUUAUUGAUGUUCCUGCCUCCAGUUUGGUCAUUCCUCUCGAUACUGAAGACAUUGCUACUGCAAAGAUUUGCGGUUGGGGUAUCGUAGGCACUGCAGAUAAUUCCGAAUUUCUGAUCGGCCAGAGUCUUCUUCGCAAUACGUAUCUCACGUUUGAUAUGGAAAAGAACCAAAUUGGCUUCUCUGCCUCCUCCGAUACAACUACUAAAGUUACUACCUCUUCCAAAUAA